AUGGAUGCCUCCUUCCAGACUCUGUGGAGGAACAGUGUCAUUAGAGGAGAGGUCAUCCGCCAGAUCCGUCAGAUCCAUGUCGUCCUGAUGCGCGCCGACAAGAAGCCGCUGACACGCAUUCUGCCCGGCGAGCAGAUCGAUAAGGACCGAUGCCUGCUGACAAUGCUGCGCUUCGGCAGGACCGACCUUUUCAUGAAGCACUUUGACCCCUUUGUUCUGGCGAUGCGCCACAUACAUCGCAUCCCGCUGAGCACUCGCUUCCUGCUCAAGAGGGCAAUUGAACUCAACAACAUCGAUGUGGCUCGUCAUCUGCUCCAAUUCAAUCGCAACAACGGUCUCUCUCACGACAGUGUCGCCCUCAUUGAGGGCGGCAUGUUGGUCGAGGAAGUCGCCCAGGAGGAUCGACAUGAAAUGCUCGCUCUCCUCUUGUCAGAAUGCGACAACAACAAUCAGCUAAGCACGAUCAGGCUUCGAGACAUGUACCACCAGUGCCGGUCGUAUAAGAUGCUCGAGACAAUCCACUUGCAACGACAUCGUUUCAGGAGCGACGAUAUCGACUGUCCAUUCUUCAUUGACAGUCAGGUUACGGACAACUUGACAUGUGAAGAGCUUCCAUCGUUUCUCGAUCUUCUGCACUCGGACCCUGGCCCCUUCUCGGACUGUAUCCUCAAGACCAUGGUUCGCUUGAUGAAAGAUCCUUGCCUCCUCAAGUCUCUCAUUCAACAACCCACUUUGGAGCAGCAGUUCAUCGACGACUCUUUGAGCAGUGACUCCUUCAAAGACAUUGAUGGAGUACUAGUCCAGGCCUACCAAUGCCAUGAUAGUCUGGACUUUGUGCAAAGAUACCGUGAGCAUCUCUCAGUCGACCUCUUGUACCGCGCAGCAGCGAUUCAUGGCGACCUUCCGCUCGCUCAUUGGACUCACACGUACCGCCACCAGGCGCUGGAGUUUGGUGACCAAGUCGCCAUGGCAUUGGAGCAUGGACAUCUUGACGUCGCGCUCUACCUUCUUGACAAUGUCCCUUUGAACAACGACAGUGAACACAGUGAUGGCGACGAGACUUGGAGCGUGGGAGAAAUCCACGACUCAAUCCUCUCAAUGGAUCUUCUCCAACGACUGGCAAAGUACAACAAUGUCCAGUGGACUGUUGCGAUUCUCCAGUCUCCUGCUCUGAAGCUGGACAUGUUCCAGUUCCUCAUGGACUCAUUCUUUAAGUACCACGACUUGCAGCACCUCGAAAUGACGCAUAUCAAGGACAUCACUUUAUUCAAGCAUCUCGUACAAGUGUUCAAGGUAGCUGCUCUGACAAACGAUGAUCUGGUCAAGUUCAUUGUCGCCAAGAGAAGCGAUAUCUUGGAAGCACUGGCUGAGUCUGGAUUCCUUGUUGGUCUCGAGGCCAUCAAAGAGCUUGAAACAGCAGAUGAUGUUCGCCUUCUGCUCUCUUCGGGCUGCCUGGAGCCGAGAGUCCGGUACGACUCAUUCCCAUCGCCUUUGGAUCACGUCGUCGCCAUUGGCGAUCUGUCUCUGGUGAUCGACAUUCACACACAGUUUGGUCAUGUGGACCAUAUCUCCUCUCCAAAUGCGAUGGAGUAUGCAGCCAUGUACAACCUGGAUCUUGUUCGCUUCCUUCACAAGCACAGAACAGAAGGCUGCACCAAAGACACUCUCCAAAUGGCGGUCAACCAUGGCCAUAUGGACAUUGUCCAGUUCCUCAUUGACAAUCGCACUGAGACCUGGAGAUUGUCCAGUCUCUUCAUUGGAGUAGAGAAUGGACACGUUGACAUUGUAGACUUCAUCUUGCAAUCUAAGGAUCUCCAGCUGUCCUGGCCGCGCAUUGAGCAAUUCUUUGCGUACGCAAGAACAGGACACAUGCCUUUGCUGGAGGCAUACGUUGACAUGGUCACUCGUCAGAGCGAUCAAAGAGCCUGUGUCGAGAGACUCUGCUAUGGCCAUGGAAAGCACCAAAUUGCAGGAUCGAUUGCCAAGGCAAUGACCUGUGGUUACCAGGCCUCCGUCUGUCUCCAGUUUAUCAUCGACCAGCUAUUCCUUUCACACCAGGAAUUUCUAGACUAUGGCGAACUACUCCGGCUCGCAUGCGAGCGAGGCCAUAUCCGCAUGAUGGAGUACUUUCACAAGAUUCCCCAGUGUGAAUAA